AUGGCCUCCAAAACAAUUCUCCUUGUGUGCCUCUUGGUUGCCACAGUGGCAAUACUAGUUCCAAUAGCUGAAGCUCAACUUGGGCUCAUCAGCGGCCUCCUUGGUCUGAUCCGCAUACAAGGAACUCUGUUUUGCUCUCCCACCGGAAAUGUGGGCACUGGUGGUGCUACCGCUACUCCGGUAUUUGCAAAUGCUACUCUACAACUGCUGUGUGGAACUGUGGGUAAUGUGAUUUCAACUGCAACAACCAAUAGCCAAGGAAUCUUUUCAAUCUUGUUGGAUCCUCUACAAUUUCUCCUCUCUUCACUUUUGGCGGAUUGCAAGCUGAUGGUGAGGACACCGCUCUCCGCCUGCAACUCUUCAUUGACGGGGCUUCUGGCAUCCCCCUUGCAGUUUAUCGGAAACACCAUUUCCGGUCUCCUCAACAUCGUCAACAUCAUCCCAGGCGGCUUCAACCUCAUCAAUUAA